GUACCUACUUACGGCAAACGCCGGUAAUCGAUUAUGCGUUGCAUACAACGGAGUUAGUUGUGUCGGACCAUGGCGGGGAUCGACAGGGACUUCGAGGCUCGAUUUUUGCGCUUUCACGUGUACGUGUAUCUACGUCGAGUUUAUGCAUGCAUGUUUACCAUCUCUCCGAGACACACACACAUGGCCUCUCUCGAUUCAUGUGCUCAAUGUUACACCGUUCGGAUGGUUCCAUUUCACGCUCGAUGUCCUUCGGUUGACCUCCUCUAUUCCCUCCGGACUACCACUAUUGGACACACGGUGGUGUCGACCACCGUGUAGA